UGCAGUGAGUGUCCUAUGCGUGGACGACUAGGGCUAAUUCCGGUCUCCUAAUCCUGGUCCCAUUCGCCCUUCCCCCCUGUUCCUGUUCGCCAUCUCCACGCCGAUGAUUAGGCGCAACCGAUGACCAGGUAGACAUAACUAAAAAGAGGCUGCUUUUGUGCAUAGCUAACCCGGUGACCUUGUCGCAAACGCACCUGUUUGAACCUCAUUGGAGGAUGUAGCAUCGGCCCUCGAGCCGAGCUAAAGGAUACGCGCCACCAUGGGAGAAGCUCAGAAGGGCUUACUCUCCGUCAUUGAGAAACUGAAGGGCUCAAGUGAGCAGGAAGUCAGAAUAGUUCUUCUGGGUUUGGACAAUGCUGGGAAGACCACCCUGCUGAAGAGCCUGGCUUCCGAGGACGUCAACACCAUCACGCCUACACAGGGCUUCAACAUAAAGAGUGUGGCAUCUCAUGGCAUGAAACUCAAUGUGUGGGACAUUGGAGGGCAAAGGAAGAUCAGACCUUUCUGGAAAAAGUAUCUGGAGAACACAGAUCUGUUGAUUUAUGUUAUUGACAGUGCGGAUAAAAAGCGAUUUGAAGAAACAGGACUGGAGUUAUCAGAACUGAUCGACGAGGAGAACCUGAAGGGCGUUCCGGUACUAAUCUUUGCCAAUAAACAAGAUCUGGCCACAGCAUCGCCGGCCAGUGAGAUUGCGGAGGGCCUCAACCUUCAUACGUACAGAGACCGCGAGUGGCAGAUUCAGGCUUGCUCAGCCGUGUCCGGCGAAGGAGUGCAGGAUGGCAUGAACUGGAUUUGCAACAACAUCAUGAACAAGAAGAAGUAAACGGGCAUCAUUCUCACACAACACACGCAUCAUUUCCUUUCUUGUCAUGGUAUAAAUAUGUUUCUAAAUAUAGCUCCUAUUUAAGCGACACUUGAAUAAAUUAGGCUUUUACAGCUGUCGAUCGCGUAUGCAAGCUUUACUGUCUCUGUUAGAAGUACGGCCCUCGUUGUAUGCUGUAGUUGAAUGUGGGGCUAACGUGUUUGGAAGAUUUUUGACAAUAAAAUGUUCAGUCUUGU